GGCUGAACAACCAAGUGUAUCCGGUUCGCAUGACCAUGGCGGCUCCUGCGGUUGUUGCUGAGCCUUCAACCGGAGAAAAAAUGCCAGAAACUGUAAAUGGACCAACGGAGAAUUUGGCUGAAGACCAGAAACGACCGCAGUUCGGCACUCGCUUCCUCACAGACCCGCGACAGGUGUUUCAGCACAACGCGUGGGAUAAUGUGGAGUGGUCAGUAGAGCAGGAGGAUGCUGCCAGAAAAAAAGUUCAGGAAAACUGUCAACCUCUCCCUGCAGAAAAACAAGAGAAAUUUGACAGCAGGGCCAAUGAGUUCUGGAACGAUUUUUACACCAUACAUGAAAACCGCUUUUUCAAGGAUCGCCACUGGCUCUUUACAGAGUUCCCUGAGCUUGCCCCUCAACAAAAGGCUCCACAGGACAAUAGAGAGAAGGGAACCACAGAUCAAGAACCCAAACUUUUAUUAAAUGGUGGAGAUGUUCCCUCGUCUCAUACAGAUGCCGAAUUUCCUGGAGCCUCAGCAUCCUAUCGUAUCCUAGAGGUAGGCUGUGGAGUAGGCAAUACAGUCUUUCCCAUUUUGAAAACUAACAAUGAUCCAGGACUCUAUGUUUACUGUUGCGAUUUCUCCAGCACAGCUGUUGACCAUGUCAAAUCGAAUCCAGAGUAUGACCUGUCACGCUGUCACGCUUUCGUCCAUGAUAUGAGUGACAUGUCUGCAGAGUAUCCGAUGCCAGACCAGAGUCUGGAUGUCAUUGUCCUCAUAUUCGUGCUCUCUGCCCUGCAUCCUCAGAAGAUGCAGAGCUCUAUUAAUGGUUUAGCACGAUUGCUGAAACCUGGAGGAGUGCUUUUAUUGAGAGACUACGGCCGCUACGACAUGGCACAGCUUCGUUUCAAAAAAGGGAGGUGCUUGUCUGAAAAUUUCUAUGUUAGAGGGGAUGGAACAUGCGUCUAUUUUUUCACACAAGAUGAGCUGCAUGAUCUGUUCUCCAGUGCUGGUCUGGAGAAGGUGCAAAACUUAGUGGACCGGCGCUUACAGGUGAACAGAGGAAAGCAGCUGACUAUGUACAGAGUUUGGGUACAAUGCAAGUAUCGCAAGGCACUGGCACCCCCUUAGAAUCAAGUCGGCUUAGUUGGAGAGAUCGAGAACAUCUGAGCUGAUCCAUGAGAAUCUUACAAUUUCGUGACAUGACUCCUGAACGAUGAGCCAUUUUUAGAAUGAUGGACAGGUUGCUACAACUUAGAGGUUUGCAGUAAUGAUGUAUUCGAUAUGAAAGGAUUAUCAAGACGAUCAUGACUCAGUCUUAUGCAGCCUACUGGGAAAUGUUGAUGGAGGACUUCAGGUCUCAUGAAUCACAAGCAGACUUCAUACUGUCUGUCCAUCAUACAGUGAUGUUUUUAAAGACUUUUACUCUUAUUAAUAAACUACAGGAUGGUAUAAAUCAAA